AUACCUUAGGACCAUUCAUGCGAUAACAUGGUACAUUGCUGUGCUGGGAAUUGUAAAAAGAAGACUGGAGACUUGAGCAGCAAAAGACACUUUCUCAGAUUUUACAAGUUCCCAAAAGAGAGUAACUUGAAUAACAAAUGGAUCAGGAGAGUCGAUCGACGCCUGGAAGACAUGAAAAGCAUGGCGAAAUCAGCGACCAUUUGUUCAGACCAUUUUGAAGAUGAAGACUUUAAUACAAGCUGUUUCUUAAAGUCGACUAUCCUUUCUCCUGAUUCACUUAAAGGUCUACAGAUAUUGCUAAAGCCGGAUUCUAUUCCAAAUACAAACCGUGAGAAUGGGACGAAGCGGAGACAUCACACCCAAGUACCAGAAGAAGAGACGCCUAUAGCGAAACGACCUGCAUGUGCAGCGAUAAAAUCAAAUCCGCUUGCUCGGAUACAAGAACUGAUCAACGAAAAUGCCAGAGUUUGUACUCCUGAAAAUGCUGAAGAAACUGAAGACCUGAUAAUGCCUGAUAUCAUCCCUGACCCACCCACUCCAGCCCCUUUGACAACUGUGUACAAGUCGAUAGUAGUGCAGACUACUCCUUGCUGCGACUGCGAUUCCCCUACACCACAAGUGGGAGGAUCAGCACUGGAGGACCUACAAGAGUUGAGCUCAGCAGAUGACUACAGUGAUGAUGAUGCGGGUGAUCCUGAUUUUCAACCGACAGCUAACAGUAUGGAGAUGGAAUGUACGAAAGACUUAGAACAGCUGGUGUCGGAAGUUAUUGUUCAUAAGGAGAACAACACUGAUAGGACUGAGGCUGAACACAAAGAACUUGCUGUUAUAAUUGAAGAAAAUAUUGAGCCAGAAGCUGACUCCGAUAUAGUAAUUGAAACUUUUGCCACUGAUGAGGCAAUGAUGGAGGAAGGUAUUGACUCCACUUUGAUUGAAACUUGUACAAUGGUGGAGGAUGGUAUUGAACCUAACCUGAUAGGAACCUGUGGAGUGGAGGUGGAAGGUAUUGGUUCCAACCCGGUUGAAACCUGUGCUAUGGUGGAAGAAGAUAUUGAAUCCAAUCUGAUUGAAACCUGUGCUACUGCAGAUGAGCCCAUGGUCACUGAAACUGUAGUUGAACAAAUUAUUGAUGAAAAUUCUGAGUCAAAUACAUCAAACAAUGUUAGCCAGGAGCAGCCAGCAGCAAUCACCACUGCUAUCACAACUAUAAUUUCUCAUUUUGUCAUCUCUUCUGAAGGAUUGACUAAGGACAGGCUUGAAAUUCUACAAAAGCUUCUUGAGGAGCUUUCUCGAUGUGAUGAGGAAGCUAAGUUUGCAGUGGAAGCUUUGCAACAGAUUUUGUCUGAACUCCAGCCACAAGGGAACACAGUCGACAUUAUUCCUUCGCUUAUCUAUGACCCAUCCAGAAAAAAGUCUGAUGACAGCUCUGCUGCUGAAUCCUUCCCACCUCCCCUAAAACAUGCCAAUAUAAUAGAACCGAUGGAAAUACAACUUGAAUCAGUUCUUGCACCUAGUGAGGCCCCUCCUGCAAUAAGAAAAGAGGUGCUAAUGAAUGACAUAUUAAAAAGUCAGCGAAAUCGUAAAUCUGUUGAAAACCCAAAAGCAUCAACCUACGAUCUUUGCUUAUGGUGCAAUAAACUUGUUGUUUCUGGUAAAACGAAAGACCAUGCCAUGCUGAAACAUCGUGCAAUAUCAUUUCACGAACAUUUUACUUGUCCAUUUUGCACCAAAGUCUUUAAUUCCAACAACACUGUCAUCGAACAUUUGAGAUUUAUUCCACUUUGUUCCAAAUCAGAGAAUGACUCACCAAUAACUUGUUCCUUGUGCCUGGACAACUUUGUAGGGGCAGGAACAUUGCGGGAGCAUUACAUUAUCUUCCACAACAUCGGAAUCUCAACCGACAGUCACAACUCUGAGCGUCGAGCAUUUUGGUCAUGUAUGUACUGUGGUAUUGCUGAACACUCCAAGGCUGGUCUCAGUAAGCACAUCAAGACUUAUCACCACGCUUUCUCGCCUCACUUUUGUAGGUUCUGUGGGAUUAUCUAUUUCAGUCUGCUUGGUCUCCAUAAACAUCUCAUCAUUCAGCACAGAAUUAAUCUUGGUGAUACCCUGUAUGAUUACUACUCUUUGGUCUGUGACUUCAGUUUUCAAUUGGAAAAUCUCAAUGUUCCGAAGAAAAUGUGCUGUACAUAUUGUGACGAAGAGGUAACUGAUUCUACAGAAUUUGAAGAGCACAUUCAGGAAAUUCACUUCUGUAAGGAGAUGAAGCGAUACCUUUGUUCCUUUUGCACACUUACAUUCCCCAACAAAGAACCAUUAGAAAAACAUGUGAUGAACGGCCAUCUACUGGGCGGUCUUGGUUUCAAUAUGAAUUUGCCUAAAGUUGACUUCACAAAACAGAAACCUAUUGAGAUUGCUGCUUCAUCCCUAACUAUAGAAAGCAAUGGAGUGGAUCAUGAUGUUGAAGGUAUUGAUGCUGUCGCUAGUGAAAUAACAUUACCACAAAACGUCACCUUCUUUCUUUGCCACAUUUGCAAGGAAACAGCACACAGUAUAGAUCAUUUUCGAGAACAUUCUACUGAAGAAAUCUACAAAGCAGCAGUGCAGCAAAUUGGAGAUGAUCAUACUGACUGGAUGGUAUCUGAGAAAUGUGGCAUGUUGAGGAGCAUGAUGAGUGUUCUGGUCACGUCCACUGGUGCUGGAGUUCCCGAAGUGAUCUGUAACAUCUGCAAAAAACUUCUCGCUUCACGAGAGUUGUUUAACUUUCACUUCAUUGAAAGGCAUCUUAGGAAAUCAAAAGUUCAAUGCAAGGAAUGUCAGAAAUACUUCAGGGAUAACAUGUCGUUAGAGCUUCACAUAGGACGGGCUCACGAGGUCAAAACAAAAGAGAAAACUGACACUUCGUCUCCUCACUACGUUAUAAAAUCAAUGAAGCAACACCAGGGACCCAAAAGUAUUCCUAUUGAACUCGUUAUACCGGAUGCUGAUAAAAUCGUAGACAUUACGCCAGACGGACCACCUCCUGUGAAAAAAGUUCCUCAAAGAAAAGACCAGCCCAAACUUUGCUGCACAUUGUGCCCUUACACUUGUUACAGAAUAGACCAUUUGGAGGAGCAUAUACAAGCGAAGCACUACAAAAACUCAGUGAAUCAGUGUACCAUGUGUAAUUCGAGGUACAGCCGACGGCGUGAUCUUCGGAGACACUACAUAAACAAGCAUAACCUGCCGCAAGAGGUUGCGCGGGAGAUGACAGAGUUAACAACACCCACUGAACCGUGGCGCGCAAAGUUGGAGGUUCGGCGUGGGCGAAGACCAAGGAGGAGUCAAGGAAGCAUGUUGGACUCAGGGGAGAUUAUAAAUGUGUCAUCAGACAAGGACAACAGUAACGACAAUCUCUAUGAUAUCAAUCCUGAUAUACUGGACAUUUCUCUUGUGGGUAAUCUUGACAGAGAUUAGGUUUGGUUGUGCGCGUUUCAGAAUUGAACUAAGCAAUUAGUUGUGAUGUGUUUGCUUGUUAUAAUUGUGGUUGAGUUGUUGAUGCUCGUUUUUUAAGUUGCCACUCCUCAGUUGUGUACAGAUCUCCGGGGAGGUUGAUCUCCAAAUCUGCACUGCACGGCGUGAUUUUUCUUCAGAGUUUAUAUUUGUUGGUGUUUUUUACAGUUCUUAAAAUUAGAUACAAAGAAAGACGAUGAGAUUUAUUAUUAUCGUUAUUAUAUUGUGGAAUGUGGAUGAUCAUCAAUGUAUUCUUUAAAUUAUAUUAGUUAAGUAUCUUGAUUAUUGACAUUAUUCAAAGAUGAAUUAGCAACUGCCUACUUGUCUACACUUGACACAACUUACAGUUUUCAGUAUUAUCUCUAAGAUUAUAUUCAUUUGUAAUCUUCAAAUCCAGAUAUUAAUUUAAACUACAAAAAUUAGUUUAUACAAUUUCAUCCCAUGAAUUACAGAGUAUUAGUUAAGGCCAUUGAUCACGAGAUUUAUUAUUAUAUUAUUGUAAAAACAAUAUCAUAUUUAUCAUUAACUAACUUAUUGUUUUAUAAUAUCUAGAAUCAGUAUCACUGUAAGUGUAAAUAUAUGCAAUGGGCCAUUUUUAGAUGAAUGAUAUCGGAUAAUGAUUUUACAGUUAACUGUCAUGUUUUUAAUGAGUUUCCGUCCAUAAUUUGGCCUGUUUGCUCGUUAGUCCAUUUAAAAAUAUUAGAUACUCUAUACGAACCAAUUUUAUCAAGUGUUUUAUUCGUUGAAAUCAAAUCGUUUCAUUUACAAUCGUUACAUUUAAUUAAACUUGAUUUACACGUUGAAUUUCUGAGUAUGAGUUUCACAGAAAGGUAAUGACAAUUUAUUUGACAGAUUACAAAAAUUGACCGUUCACACUUCACAUGAUCUUAAUAAAGUGACUCUACAAAUCAAUCAAUUAACUAAGAUGAAGCGGAACACACGAUACAAGAAGAGUGACGUUGAUAAGAUAGCUGGCACGUGUGCCGCACCUUCCGUCGAU